CAUCCAAAUGUACAUAAUCAUUUUCAAGCGUGUAAAAAAUGUAAAUAGUCCAUCUUUCGUCUCCCUUAUAGAACAAUAAACUUUGCUCUUGUAUUUCAACCAUUUUAUUAUGAAUCUGUACUUGUUAUUUGCGGGACUUUUAUAUAUAUCUUCUUUACGAGCAACUGAGCUUCCCGACAUAGAAGAUGGUUUUGAAGAAGUAACGUGUGGAAGCGUCAUAAAGCUUGCCAACAAAAUGACUGAGCAUAAAUUGCAUUCGCAUAGUGUGACAUAUGGUACUGGAUCUAUGCAGCAAUCAGUAACAGGAUUUGCAGCCUCUGACGACGCUAACAGCUAUUGGACAGUGGAAGCAGGAUCUGAUAAAGUAUGCACAAGAGGUAUACCUUGUGGUUCGAUUAUACGCUUAAAACACGUCAACACUCAAUGUUAUUUACACAGCCAUUUUGAGUCAUCACCUUUAUCACAUCAACAGGAAGUAAGUUGUUAUGACGGACAAGACUCAGGUGACAACUGGAAACUGGACUGUAGAGUAGACAGUAGCAAUAACAAGAAUGUUUGGUUAAGAGAAAGACCUGUCCAAUUCAUUCAUGAGGACACCAAGACUUUUUUGAGUAGUUCAUCAAAUUAUAGAUUUGGUCAACCCAUUCCUGGGCAGUUGGAAGUUGCAGCAUCACGAACCGCAUCAAAGAAUACACAAUGGUUGGCACAGGAAGGAAUUUAUUUUGCAGUGAAAAGGAUCUAAAUAAGUGAACAAAAGACCGGAAAAGAAUAGCUUGAGUAUCACCUAAUGGGCCCGCAGUAUAAUUUGUCACUUUAUCAG